AUGGAACGAACCGAGCCUUGGAGCGUUGGAGCGGGAUUGGGAGACUUAUAUUUAGGGCAGCCCAUUCCGCAGUUGUCCCUGCGCAGGGCCCUUUCUUUUCUUCUCCCACCUUCAGGCUGCACACAGCUCCUCUUGCUCCCUUGGACUCAUCAUGUAACCCCUAGGCCUCGCGGGCAUGCCACUGCAUCCUACAUAUCACAAUACAAGAGGACGGUCAGCGGAGGAACGGAUGACACAACUAUUCGCUUGAACACAGACCUAGCAGACCUUCUUUCAAUUUCUUUCUCUCUCCCUCUCUCUCUCUUUCCCCCUAUUCUGUCUCUCCUGUCCUUUUUAACUCUUCAACCGGCAUCUUCUCCCACUCCUUUGUCCAUCUUUUGUUGUUUGUUCAUCAUCAAUUAUUUUUCUUUGCGCGACACCAACGACGUUCCUCCUUCUGCAGAAGAAAGUCCUGUCCGCACCACAAAAACGGCCUUUUCAACCGCCAGACGUUCACAAACCGUAUCAUCGCGGGAGGCUGAAGGCGACGAAUCCCACACAUACAUCCCUCUCGUCCCGGUCCUGACCCCUGAAUACUCCGCAGACCUUGAGGCUUCGUUUCCGGCGCGCCCAGAGCCGCUGUACAUUCGCAAAACUUCGUCUCCUCUCCCUCAGGGCCGCAUCCACUGCCAUCGUCAGCAGUCUCACGAACAGCCGUCUCCUUUGCUCCCCUUAUUCAAAUACGCCAGAAGAUCCCCUUCUUCAAGUCUCUGGAACCCGGUUAAUUACAUUCCACGCUCCGCCACUCGCUCGUCUCGACAGCAACGUUCAGCUCUCACAGGCGAUUCUCGGCCAAAAAGGGACGCAGAUCCGCUACUUACCCUCCCUGAGCGUCGGAGAAUUCUUUCCCAGAGGUCCAGUGUAGCGAGUAUACCUCUUAAGACAGACGUCGACGAACCUGACGCCGUUAAUCGUACCAGCGUCGGACUCCCUCGCAGGCAUAGACGUGCGGAUACUUGGGGAGGAAUUGAAAUGGUCAACUAUUCAGGAGCUUCUGCAGGACAGAGCAAUCACUUAAGGCCGCCAGAGCGUCCCUAUGCAGUCAGAAAUGGCAACCUCUUUUCGAUGAAUGGCAGUCCAGCUGCACAACAGCACCCAGACGACCCUCCAGAAACACCUCGACACGUCAACUCUCACCUGUCUAUUAGACCGCAGACAUUCAUUGCCGUGCCCCCUGUAAAUGCCAAUAACGCCUCAACAAACCCUCAAUCGCCUAGUGGUCCCCCUAACGGUGACGCCACAGAAGAACUGAGCUGGGGACCAGCACAUCCAUGCUUUCCGCACAUGAACACCCAUGUUUCCCUAAAUUCAGAGGAUUACGUUCAUACACGAGUAAUCCGGAUACGACGGGACUGGAUGGUCAAAGGAGACCUUGCACCUACCUUUUCCAACUUAUACCCAGAGAUUCUUGACCCAUUGUUGGGCGAACAGGAGUUCCGAACCAUCAUCACGAAGAUAAAUCAGGAGCUCAUCAAUGCGUUUGAUCCAUAUGCUGCGCGUAACUGGUUUGAUGGGAUAAUGGGGUUCCUCACUGGCUGGGUAUGGGACGAUCUAGGUGCCAGCCGCAUCAAAUCUCGAAUCAAGGGUCUCGAAGCAUGGAUAGAUAAGUGGAACCGUGAAGUUGGUGCUGCUGAAGGUGUCAAGAUAUGGGGACCCCGACGGACCGGAUUCCUCUCCCUAGACAUACAGAUCCCAGACCCCAAAAUUGGUAUUGUGGAAAGCGAUGGUGGCUCCGAUCUAGGGACGAGAACUAGACCCAGCACUGCAAACACACGGCUACAUGAACGACCGCAGCAUGUGUGA